AUGUCCAUUGUUCAUGGAAUUGACUGGGCCGCGGAACCAUCGGCACCAACUGCAGCUCAGAUCAGAUACGUGUUGCUACACAAUGCCAUCCCCUUCAUUGGAUUUGGUUUCCUUGACAACGCACAUCAUGAUCGCAGCAAGUAAGGGACGCAGAUCGAGCUUUCCAUUGGCGUCACACUAGGAAUCUCCACUAUGGCCGCUGCAGCUUUGGGCAACCUGGUUUCGGAUCUGGCCGGUCUCGGUCUCGCGGGCUAUGUGGAGGUUCUGGCGUCCAAACUGGGGAUGCAGGUUCCAGAUUUGACACCCAAACAGGUGGACAUGUGGCAGACUCGAGUCAGCUCCCACAUGGGCAAAGCCAUCGGUGUGUCCAUCGGCUGUAUUUUAGGAAUGUUCCCGCUGCUUUUUCUCAACGAUGACGAUGAGAAGGACAAAGGAACAGCAGCACCAGCGAGUGGUGGCACGAAAUCCCACGCCUAACAAACGGCACAACAAGGGAGUCCCCUCCUAACGAAAGAAACACAACCAGAAGGCAAAACUUGAAACACUAUUUCAUGCCAUGAAAGGACACUUUAAAAAAAAAAUAUAAAUUAAAUAUCGUGAACGUCUUUAAGGCGGAAGAAUAAUUUGUCAGUUAUGGGUGUUAUUCAUCAACACUUUAUUUUAUUUUAUUUUUUUUAAGAUGCACAAACUGCUGACAUUCAAUAUUUUUAACUUGGAAAAAAGAAAAAAAUUCCGGUUGUUACCUCAACAUCAUUUCAGCUUCAUGAAAACCGAUGCAGUUGUUUUAUCAGACUGUUUUUAUUUACUCUGGAACGUCUUGAGCAGAAAAGAGGUGUUCAGUGACGGUGUGUAUUUUGGUGUUUCCACUGAAUGUUUGCGUGCAAAAAGCUUUAUCUUCUCACACUUUUCUGUUACAGUCGGUGCAAUAUUUAAAUUCUGACUUUGGUUUCAUCACAUUUAAAGUUCCAGAUGGCAAUUGAUGACACAUGGAGUUAAAUCAACAGAUGUCAAACCUGCAGCAGAAAUCAAAAAUGUUUGUAAAAACUAGACAAACAUUCAAAGCUCACAAACCUGCACCACGGUCCAACAGUCUUAUAUUUACAUCUGUAUUUGAUCUCUUUUC